GCGGCUGGAACCUCCCAGCGGUGGCACCUGGCAUCCAGAUCAGUUCUGAUUUGGGAAUGCCUGGAAGACUGCCCAAAAAUGAAGAUGCGGAAGCUGGCCGAAGUGGCAACGAAACGAGCCCACUGAUCGAGAAGCCAAGGGAAGUGUCCUUGCUACAUCCAGUGCAGUGGCUGCGAACCUUGUCGCAGAGCUACACAUGGAAGCUCUUAGCCAUGGUGGCAUGUACCAACCACCUCCUGAAGGGCUUUGUCGCCGGAGGUGGUGAUGAAGGACUGAUCGGUAAACCUGCUGAGUUUCUGUUUGGCGAGUUGGGCGUGUCCGCUGGAAGACUUCAAUCACUGAAGGCGGUGGCCAUCAUCCCUUUCGCACUGAAGCCGCUAGUGGCCUUGCUGAGCGAUGCCUUUCCCAUCGCCGGCUACCACAAGCUGCCCUAUGUGGUGAUUUUCACCGUCCUCUCAUUUGGUGCCCUGAUGACAUUGGGCUUGGGCCUCGCUGUGUCAGAAGCUGCCGUGGUGACAGCUCUGUUUCUGGCUUUCUUGCAGGUGGCCAGCAUCGACGUGCUGAUGGCAGCAAAGUCAUCAGAGGAGGUGAAAAAACAUGCAAAACUCGGCCCCGACUUCAUGACCUACACUUGGCUGGGAAUCAAUGUGGGGCAGGUCUUGAGCGUGCUCUUUCUGGGCCCAGUGGUGGCCACCCUGGGAGCGCGGGCGCCCUACUGCUGUGCAGCUCCCUUGGUCUUGGUCGUGCUCUGGCCAGCCCUUGGCAACUUCAUGGGGGAGCGCCCCACAGCGCCGCAGGGUUGGCCCAUGGUCUUCCAGCAACACAAGGUGCUGUGCCGCUUGACCUUGCUGAUUGGGGCCCUGGCUCUUUUCUUGGUAGUCUCCACUUUUACCAUGCACGACAUCCAGUUGCUGAAGAUCUCGGCUGGCAUGGCUGCAGUCGUUCUGAUGUCCUUUGCCAUUUUCAUCAGGUGGGAGAUCGCUGGCCCAGUGAUCUUCUUCUUCCUUUUGGGCCUGCUGAAUCUCAACAUUGACGGUGCUCUCUUCUAUUUCUGCACUGAUGAUGCAGCUGAGUUCCCUGCUGGACCACACUUCAGCCCCAAGUUCUAUAUCACAGGCCUCGGAGGGGCCACCUUUUUGGGCAUCACCGUGGGCUACGCCACGGGGCCGGCGCUCUUCCGCUCCUGGAGCUAUCGGAGCAUUUGCCACGUGACCAUUCUGAUGCGGGCCUUCUCUACGAAACCUUGUCGUAACUCAGCUUGCCAUGGUGCCGUUGCUGCGGCGCAGCGGCUUUGGUGUACCGGACAGCGUGUGGCUGCUGGCAGUGAUGGGCAUAGACAGCAUCGUGCAAGCCUGGAGAUGGAUUCCAAAGCAGGUUUUGGCAGCGCAUUUAGCACCCAAAGGUGUGGAGGCUACAUGCUUGGGCCUGCAUGCUGGGACCUUCAACAUGGCCAAUAUCCUGAGCUCCUAUUGCGGAAGUUUCAUUCUUGGCUACUUUGGAGUGUCACCCAGAGGAGCCCCACUGGAAGCUGGCAAGUUCGACAACCUCUGGAAAGUACAGUGCAUGUCAGCUCUUCUUCCCUUGCUCUUGCUGUUCUUAGUUCCGAUGCUGGUUCCAAAGAAAGCGCAAACCGAGCCCCUCUUGGAGGAGCAUGAUGACUCAGCCACACACAACUCUCUCUUUGAGAGAUUUACACAGAGAUGACUUCCGUGCUUUCACGCCUGUUUGCGUCUUGCGUCCAGAAUCUGACCAAUAACACCGAAGCUGGAAGACUCUGGAAAUUGUAGUAUCUAAUCACCGUUCAGCUGGGUGGCUGGUCUUGGUAAUAUGUGCUUUGACGCAUCUUCUGGGCGAAAGUGUUGCGCAGACGCUUCGCAGCAUAGUUAUUCGAGCGAAAACGACUGACUACAUGCUGGAAAGGUGG